AUGUUAUUACUUUUAAUCCAAUUACUAUAACAUAAUAAUAUCAACGGUCCUUUUGAACAAACUUAGGAUAAUGAAAAUGGUAUUUUAAUGAUUUUGGCGUAAUUGCAGGAGGAGGUGGUGGAGGAGACGAGGGUUUUCGUUGGGGGAGAGAUGGAGGUGUGUUUUGCGGAGAGACUAACAAAGCAGUACAGAAACGAAGAGGGAAGGGGUCCUGAAAUUUACAUAAAAAGAGAUCGAGAUGUACUGAUCAACCCGUUUCGUGACCACAAGAUCAUUAGCAGUGUCAUCAUAAAGGUUAUGGCCGCGAAGCGCAAGGGAAAGAGCGUGAUUGCGGCCACUGGGGGCAGCCAAGGCCAGCUGUACGGGUUUAUCACUGCAGCUGCUUGCCACAGACAUGGUUUAGAUUGCACCAUUUUCAUGGGAUCUGAAGAUAUCAAUAAGCAGUCUUUAAAUCUGCAGUUAAUCACUUCGUUAGGUGCUCAGGUGAAAUGGGUAGAGGGAAACUUGAAACAAGCAGUAUUAGAGGCAAAAAAAGAGUUGAUAAGGAAGUCGGAAACCAGCCUUCUUGUGGUUGCUAGGGAUGAAGAGCCCAACCAAUUUCAAGAGACAAAGAGACAAGGCAUGGACAAAUUGGGCGGCACAGCAGAUAUCCUGAUUCUGGGCUGCAUUGAGAGUAGUGCCUCAAAUGUUUUGAGACUCUUCCUUGACCAUUAUUUCAUCCAAAAAGAUAAGGAUGUGAGGUUGAUCCUAGUCCAGCCUGAUAAUGGAAUAAUGCACUCUGCAUCCCAAAUUAUGAUACCUCAUCCCAUAGGUGAAGGGCUAGAAUCCCAAAGAGAAAAAGGGCUAAAGUACUUGAGCUUUUUGAAGGAGAUAGGGAAAGUUGAAUUUUACACAGUGACUGAUAUGGAGGUGAUGGAAGCUCGCAAUCUGUAUUUCAAGUUGGAAAGCAAUUUUCCAUCGAAGGAGGCUUCUUAUGCUUUUGCAUAUCUUCACAAGCUUUGCCCCACUCUGUCUGAUGGCUGCAAGGUGGUCGUCCAUUGCGGUGGCCAAUAAUCGUGGUGAUAAAAUGUUGAGAUAGCCGGCCACUGAUUGUUGAAGGUCGAAAGGUGAACAGAAAUGUUCUUUUUCUACGUUAUUGAAUUAUUAAAUUAAUUUGCAUUUUGGACUUGGUGUUUUUUCUUUUUAUUCGUGCAUGGAUUGUGAUUGUAGAGAUGAUGAUAUCAUGAUGAUUUGGUUUUGUUGUUGUUUUUUUUCUUUUUUGUCUAUCAAUCUUGAACUCUAUAGUUAGAUAUAUUGACUUUGGUUGUUUUGUAAGUCAAACACAAAGGGGAAAAUUAAGUUUGGUUUAACAACAUGUUUCUUGUUGUGCACA